UCUGUAUUGAAGAUUGGCCAAUGAAUCAUGGACGCUUCUAUUACUCCAUGUUCUCGUUGUGUGUUCAAUAUUUAGUACCAAUACUAAUAGUAUCAGGUGCCUAUUUUGGCAUCUAUAAUAAAUUGAAAAAUCGCAUUACUGUGGUUACCGUACAGACAACGUCAACCCAACGUAAUAUUGAACGUGGCAGACGUAUGAAACGCACAAAUUGUUUACUCAUUAGUAUUGCGAUUAUUUUUGGUGUGUCCUGGUUGCCUUUGAAUUUCUUCAAUUUGUAUGCGGAUAUGAAACGUCCGGCUGUUACCAACGAUAUGCUGGUGAUGUACGCCUUCUGUCACAUGAUUGGUAUGAGUUCGGCUUGUUCGAAUCCCCUGCUGUAUGGAUGGCUGAAUGAUAAUUUCCGUAAAGAAUUUAAAGAAAUAUUAUGCCGUUCUAAAGAAAACACUAAUAUUGCUCUUAAUGGUCAUACAACAGGAGGUGCUCAAUCACGACGGAAAAGGAAACACAAUGACAUAUCCAAAGGUGAUCUGAAGCUAUUAAGCAGUGUUGGUUUUGGUCAGAACGGUGAUGCUGGACGAUUGGGUACAUCCAACAAUAAUACAACAACCAAUGGUUUACGCAGUGCUGUUACCGAGUCGGUGGCAUUAACCGAAAAUCCCAUGUCAACAGAAGUGACAACAUUAGUAAUGCGGUAAAUUUAUUAUGCAUUAGAUGUUUGUAAACGUGUUUGUGUCCUCACGCCUGUG